UGGCCCAUCUCCACUCUUCCAACGCGUGACCAGUGACUGGGUGCUCAACAUGGCGUCCAAGAAGGUUGCGACGACCUUUUCGAAAUACACGGUCCAGCCCACAGGCAUCUAUGCCGCCAUCAACAAGUUCUUUGCUAUCGACCCCAAGCGUUCCACGGGUAUUCCCAUGAACCCACAGUUUCGCAACCCACCCCCAGGUGCCCUCGACCCCAACGCGUACGAUGAUCCCGUCACCGUGCCCGCCGCCGACAUCGCCGAGAACCCGUACUGGAAGCGCGACGUGCGUCGCAGGUACCCGAGAUCCUCAGUCGUCACGCAGGCUGACGCAGUCGCGCUGCUCGAAGUUGGAAGUGCGGCGGCCCCCAAGCAGGAACUGAUUGGCGAGGCAGGCUCGAAGCAACUGGUAGCUGCGCAGGAGCAGGGUACGAAGGGGCUUGCUGUGGCUUUUGAGCGAAACGUCGGGCUUGCAAAGGAUGUACUAGGGCCUGGGGGCAUGCCUCCGCUGCCAAGUGGGAUGCACGUACAUGGGCCUGCGGGAUCGAAAAGAUAUGACUUGGAGAGUGAGCAGGCGUAUCCUUCUGAGUACCCCUGCCGGGUCUUCUCAUAAGUGUGCCCCUGGAGGGUUGGAGAGUGAGUAGAGGAUGACGGGCUGUAUCCGUACAUAUGAUGAUAGGCUUUUCUUGCACGA